AUGUCAGAUUUAAGCGACAAGUCAAAUCUCCAGGCCCCUCCACCGCCGCCGAACAGCCCGACCAGCCUUCCGAAUUACUCGAACAGCCCGAAAGGAGACCUGGGCGAGGCCGUACCGGAGGCGGCCAAUCCGGCUCCAAGUCCCGCCGGCGACGGUGGAGUCAGCGGCUUCCCUAGCCCGGGCACCUCCUCUGAUCCCCCAAAGCAAGUUAGGGCUCAGGCAGAUAAUGUAUCCGGUAAAUCAACCAAGCACAAUGACGUACCGGACGGCUCAAUCACGUCAAGCGGCACAUUCGCUGUGUUUAUCCCCUUCCCCUUCCGCUUCAAGCAUUGCGAAGUCUUGUACCAGCCUAACAAAGAUGACCCUACGACACAAGAACCAAUCGGUUGGCUGGACCCGGUUCUCCUGCCCGAGAACAGCGCGAUCGUUCUCCUUGACGGCGAGAUUAAGUUUCAGCUGGUUAUUUUUGAUUGCGAGGUCGCAGGAGUUCGGGACCAUGACUCCAAGGUCGAUGGAAAGAACAUCAGGGAGGAGUAG